GGAAAGUUCAGACGCGCCCUCUCCCAUACAAUUCGGAAAACCCUGUCAAGGAAGGUUUUCUCCUCUGUCUACUUUAUCCGAUUUUCACACGUUUUACAGUUUGUUCUGCUUUAAAUAUCGUCAAAUAACGUUCGGAAUCAUUGUGAAAGUGUCCGGGGAAAUCGAGUGCGGAUCUCAUUCAUAAAGUACCUACAUUCAUUUGGGCUGUGACGACAAGCCGGAGGGGUAGAAUUCGCAAAGUAUCAGUGAAUGGACUUUUAAUACUCGUGGACGUUAUAAAAUUAUAUUUUGAGGACUUCGAUCACCUUCGCAUCAGACAACACAUAUUUUUGAAAAAUGGCGACGGAAGGCGGUCUUGCUCCCAGCAGCGAUGACAUGCCGGUGGGCGGACCGAAAACACCGCAGCAGAUCGCCGCCCAGCGCCGCCUACAGCAAACGCAGGCGCAGGUCGAUGAGGUGGUCGAUAUAAUGAAAACAAAUGUGGAGAAAGUGCUGGAGAGAGAUCAGAAGCUUUCAGAGCUUGAUGACAGAGCAGACGCUUUGCAACAGGGAGCUUCACAGUUCGAACAGCAGGCUGGAAAAUUGAAGAGCAAAUUUUGGUUGCAAAACUUAAAGAUGAUGAUAAUCGCUGCUGUCAUUGGAAUUAUAAUUUUGGCUCUAAUCAUUGGUCUGUAAACAUCUUUCGAGAUAAAACCGAGGUCUCCCCUACAGCUACGCUUCGGUUCCGGCAACAACCCUAAUAGAUAAAUAAUUUAAAGUUCUUUAAUAGAUAUUAGUGUUGUUAAAUGUUUUCGUAAUUAUAUACCUACUAAAUGAAAUCUAUAAUAUCAAAAUAUUCAGAAUUAAUUAAAUGUGAAUUUCAUUAUAGUAUGUCUUUAUAUUUGUAAAUUUUUGAAAUCACUUAUCUUACCGACUCUAUCACUAUUUUGCCAUAUGUUAUGUGUAAUAGAAUAUUUUUAGAAGAACUUUCUUUAAUAAAGGUUUACUCUUGAAUAUAGCGAGCGGCUGCAUUAGCUAUCUGCUGCCUUCGAAUAAGGCUUAUCGGAAAUAUACCAUAUCUAGAUAUUUUCUGAUUGUGUUCAGAAACAAUGAGAAUAUUUUUUAUUGAUUUGGCUUUUAUAUUCCUGGACCAAAUUUUUUAAAUGUUACCCUAUCAUGUCUUGUUGCAUUUUGUUUUUACUGUUUUGUAAAAAUCUAUAAUGUUAUUUUUGAGCAAAAUUUUCUUUGAGAUCCAGUAGUAAUGUCGAAAGCAAUUCGAUUUCAUGAUAUUUACGAACACCCAUAACCGUAUGUAACGAGCAAACAAGCACUUUGAGCCGUUUUGUAAUCUUUUAGAAAUUUAUAGCCGUUUCAUAUAUUUAACCACUUUUAAUGUCUAUUUGAAACGAAAUUUUAUACCUUAUAAAAUUGUUAUUUAUUGCAUUAACUUGUAAUAAGUGUGUGUUAUCACGUUUUAUGAUUACAGGCCAGUUUAUAAUUGUAUCUAUAAUAAACUGAGCCGUUUCUUUUGCGUGUAUAUGUAGGUCUAAAAGCUUCAUAGUUAGACUUAGUAUCUAUACAAAUCGCACUACACAGAAACCUUAAGUUUUUAAUAGGAAAGAAUCAAAUGUAUAUAAAACCUUAUGCAGGAUUUUAAACUUGAAAAGUUUGCAACAACUAAUAAGAUGCGAUUGAGAACAAGCAAACUGAUAUUGAAAAACAUUGUUGUGGAAAGUCUAUUAGGAGUGUUUGAUCAUUGAAUUCUAGAUUAGAUUAGAAAUAAUGAUUAAUGUAACUUUAAAAUACAUUAACCCUUAUUUUAUAAACGUAUUAUUUUUUAUUUUUAUAUUAAACAAAAGUCUAAUGUUGAUAUAAUUCCUUUAAUUAAUUGUAUACUAUGUUGAUAGUAAAGUGGACAAAAUAUAUUAUGAUCGCGCAUUUUUAUGUUUUUAUAACAACAAAAAAGAUAACAUCAACAGUUAUUGAUAGGUUUAUAAAAUAAGGAGCGUAACCAUCACUGUAAGGUAAUCGCAAAAUACACCAGUCUCCAACGAGAUUAAUUAGUAUAAUGUACAAUAAAGAUGGAAAAUGUUAAGACAAUACAUCCGAGUCCGGGUUUUAACAAUUUUUAUCUUUAUUUUAGGUUUAUAAUUACGUAACUUUAAUGAGUUACGAGGAUAAUAUAAUGUUUUAAUUAAUUUAAAUUUAUAGAGUUUUAGAAGGUUGAAAUUGACUUAAAGUCGUUCAUUUCACUUUGAUAUUAACUACCUACAUAUUAUAUUUUAAAUUACAAUUAUUUAUUUAUUAUAUAUAGCUAAAUCAGCAUUUAAAUAUGUAACAAGAAAGGCUUAUUAACGUUGUAUUAUGAAUUUUAUAGACACAUAUUUAAACCAAUUUAGUUUAGUAUUAUAAAUAAAAAAUAUUGAAAAUAUAUUGUGAAUCACAGUUGAAAUUAAUUUAUUUACCAUAGAUUGAAACAGUAGGUAUAUAUGUGAAAUGGUUUGUUUAGGAUAAUAAUGUUUUACUUAGUUGUAUCAUAAAGGAGUAAUGAGACUAUAACAAUAUUUAUGAAAUUAUAAAAACAUUCAAACAUUUAAAUUACGUAUUUUAUGAAACUGUACGUAGAGCAUGGUUCGUAACUAUAUAUUAUUUAUUUGAUAAUUUUACCUACGUUACAAUAGUCGGAAGUUCUAACACAAAAGAUACAAAAAUAACUGUAAAUACCAACAUAAAUAACUGAAAACGUAUGUAAAAUUUUCAACAAUAUUUACAUAGGCCAUAAUUAAAUUACAUAAUCAAUAUAUCCUUAUCAUGGAAAUAUAGUAAACUAUAUGUAUAGUAUUAUUUGAUGUAAUUAUUGCUUCAAUAAAAAAGCGAAUUUAAAUAUUUA